AAAAGCCUGGAGCCGGUUCCCAGCCUGAGCGGUGAUCUGUACCGGGGUCUCUCGGGGGAGGAUCUUGGACCGGUUUUGCGCCAGGUGCUGCCGCCGCCUCCCGGAGCAGCCGAGCUGGGACUCCGCCGCGCUGCUGGGGCAGUGUGCUGGGUACUCUUCAAGAGCUCAGGCCUGUGUUGGAGACAGACUUGUGAACAGAUCAAUUAUGGAUCCUGGGACAAGAGAACAGAUGCAUCCUUUGGCAGUUGAUUGCACCAUGCCCUAGAGAGAAGUCCGGGAUAACAGGUUUUGGGGCUAUAUUUCUCCACCCUGGAAUUCAUCCAGUUCAUUCCAGAACUAUUGACCCUCUGCUCCUGUGACAUACCCUCAGUGAGUGUCUGAUGGACAGACGCUUUCCGUUGACCUUGCAGCAGUUUUCUCCCCUGUGGAAGUUGGAGGACAAGGUGAAUGGUGCCAGAAGUUACCUGCUUUGGUGAAUAAGAGUGCUCGACCUGGUGCUCAGAACAUGGGCCCUCGUUUAAAGCUGCAGCUGUGAUCCUCGGCUGUCUGGCGGCACUGAAGGGACCUGAUGUUUUACGUUAUUGGUGGAAUCACAGUGUCUGUGGUUGCGUUCUUCUUCACAAUUAAGUUCCUCUUUGAGCUUGCCGCACGUGUAGUCAGCUUCCUCCAGAAUGAGGACCGUGAGCGCAGAGGGGACCGGACUAUUUAUGACUACGUGCGGGGAAAUUACCUGGAUCCCCGGUCUUGCAAAGUCUCCUGGGAUUGGAAGGACCCCUAUGAGGUGGGCCACAGCAUGGCCUUCCGAGUGCAUUUAUUCUACAAGAACGGGCAGCCUUUUCCCGCACACCGGCCUGUGGGACUGAGAGUUCACAUCUCUCAUGUUGAGCUGGCCGUGGAAAUUCCAGUGACCCAAGAAGUGCUCCAGGAGCCCAGUUCCAACGUGGUCAAGGUGGCCUUCACUGUGCGCAGGGCUGGGCGUUACGAAAUCUCAGUAAAGCUUGGUGGAUUAAACGUGGCCUACAGUCCCUACUACAAGAUUUUUCAGCCUGGAAUGGUGGUUCCUUCCAAGACCAAAAUAGUGUGCCAUUUUUCUACUCUUGUAUUGACCUGUGGACAGCCACACACCCUUCAAAUAGUGCCCCGAGAUGAGUACGACAACCCUACCAACAAUUCCGCAUCCUUGAGAGAUGAGCACAAUUACAGUUUGUCCAUUCAUGAGCUCGGUCCUCAAGAAGAAGAGAGCUCUGGUGUCUCGUUUGAGAAGUCUGUGACCUCCAACAGGCAGACCUGCCAGGUGUUCUUGCGACUCACCCUGCAUUCUCGUGGCUGCUUCCAUGCCUGCAUUUCAUACCAAAAUCAGCCAAUCAAUAAUGGUGAAUUUGACAUCAUUGUCCUAAGUGAGAAUGAGAAGAAUAUUGUCGAACGCAACGUGUCCACCUCAGGAGUGAGCAUUUACUUUGAGGCUUAUCUUUAUAAUGCCACCAACUGUACCAGCACACCUUGGCACCUUCCCCCCAUGCACACGAGCUCCUCCCAGCGCCGGCCUUCCACAGCCAUGGAGGAGGAAGAUGAAGACUCACCCUCUGAGUGCCAGACCCCUGAGAAGGUGAAGAAACCGAAGAAGGUGUACUGCUACGUGUCCCCAAAGCAAUUCUCAGUGAAGGAGUUCUACCUGAAAAUCAUUCCCUGGCGCCUUUAUACCUUCCGAGUAUGCCCAGGAACAAAAUUUUCAUACCUCGGCCCCGACCCCGUUCAUAAGCUCCUGACACUGGUGGUAGAUGAUGGCAUUCAGCCGCCCGUGGAGCUCAGCUGUAAGGAGAGGAACAUUCUAGCAGCCACUUUCAUCCGCUCUCUCCAUAAGAAUAUAGGAGGCUCCGAGACCUUUCAGGACAAGGUGAACUUUUUCCAGCGAGAGCUUCGGCAGGUGCAUAUGAAAAGACCACAUUCCAAAGUCACCCUGAAGGUCAGCAGACACACGUUGUUGGAAUCGUCGCUGAAAGCUACUCGGAAUUUCUCCAUCUCAGAUUGGAGCAAGAACUUUGAAGUGGUUUUCCAAGACGAAGAAGCUCUGGACUGGGGAGGGCCUCGCCGGGAAUGGUUCGAGCUAAUCUGCAAAGCAUUAUUUGAUACCACCAAUCAGCUCUUCACCCGAUUCAGUGACAACAACCAAGCAUUAGUACAUCCCAAUCCUAAUCGCCCUGCUCAUCUACGCUUGAAGGUGUAUGAGUUUGCAGGGCGGUUAGUGGGCAAGUGUCUCUAUGAGUCGUCUCUAGGAGGAGCCUACAAGCAAUUGGUCCGAGCUCGAUUUACCCGCUCUUUUUUGGCCCAGAUCAUAGGCCUACGUAUGCAUUAUAAGUACUUUGAAACAGAUGACCCAGAAUUCUACAAAUCUAAAGUUUGCUUCAUCCUCAACAAUGACAUGAGUGAGAUGGAGCUGGUCUUUGCAGAAGAGAAAUAUAAUAAAUCAGGUCAAUUGGAUAAGGUGGUAGAGCUCAUGACAGGUGGAGCUCAAACCCCAGUCACUAAUGCGAAUAAAAUCUUCUAUUUAAAUCUACUGGCCCAAUAUCGACUGGCCAGUCAAGUGAAAGAGGAGGUGGAACACUUCUUAAAAGGUCUGAAUGAGUUGGUCCCUGAGAACCUUUUGGCCAUUUUUGAUGAAAACGAGCUUGAACUGCUGAUGUGUGGGACUGGGGACAUCAGUGUGUCUGACUUCAAAGCCCACGCAGUGGUCGUUGGCGGCUCAUGGCAUUUCAGAGAGAAGGUCAUGAGAUGGUUCUGGACUGUGGUUUCCAGUCUGACCCAGGAGGAGUUGGCUCGGCUGCUACAGUUCACAACAGGCUCCUCUCAGCUACCACCCGGAGGUUUCGCUGCCCUCUGUCCCUCAUUCCAGAUUAUUGCUGCUCCGACCCACAGCACGCUCCCGACUGCACACACGUGUUUUAACCAGCUGUGCCUCCCCACGUAUGACUCGUACGAAGAGGUGCACAGGAUGCUGCAGCUGGCCAUCAGUGAGGGCUGCGAGGGCUUUGGCAUGCUCUGACCGCCCUCCUGCCAUCCACCCAGCCCUGUGCUUUCCGGAGCACCUGGGUGCAUGUAACAGCGUGAUAACACUGACCCAGACAUCCACGUAACGUACACGGAACCAUCGGCCAGAAGCUGCUGCAUGCUCCCCAGUAGCUGGAGUAUUUGGUCAUCUGUGAGCUGGAUCCUUCCCUUGCUGCUCCCCUACACAUCUCUCCCACAGGCCACUUGGGCACGGUGUGUCAUGUGAGCUGCUCACUCAGUCACGAGAGGAGGACCGUGCUGCCGUAACUUCAUUUGGUUCUUAGAAGAUCUCAGUGGCAGGAGCUGCUUCAGUAGCUGAGGAAGAUUACACAAAGGGCUCGGCUUUCUUAGAAGGCUGGCCUCCGCCUUGCUCAGCCUCCUCUGCUGGUGGCUCUGAGAGAUCCCCUCUGCAGCCCUCACUACUUGACCUAAGGUGAUGUGAGUCCCUCUUGUGGGCAUGGUGAUUGCCUCUUCUCACCAGGAGCCGGGAGAAGCACCGCGAGGAAGGGGCCCACAUGAGCAGUCUUCAUUUUUGUCCCUCUGCACAAUGGCAGGCUCAGGCCAUGGCACUGGACUACCUCUAAUGGGGACUGAUAGCACAAAAGGAUUUUUUUUGUGUGGUGUCAGAACUGGAAAAGGAGCUUUUUCCCUGAAGGCAUUUCUGGAAAUGAUCAUUAAUCCAUAAAGAACUCUCUACGCUUUUUUUUUUUUUGAGUUUGAGCCAGUGAGAAAAACAGACCCAAGAAUGUGAAAGAUAGCUGGGCUAUAGCUUCCAGUGCCGAAUAUGAUUUUCCCUUAGGGCCCGGGACACGUCUAGGCACAUGGCUGGCUUGAAGACUACUGACGUUUGUCCCUGAGUUUGUUCUUUACACUGAGGUGUGGCUGGGCCUGGCCACUUACCUUCAACUUAUUCAGUCUGCUAAGAGCUAGGGAUUCUUUAGCUUUCUACAGAAGAAAAUUUUGUAGCAAGGGAUUGAGACAGUAAGAAUAGCAUGCUAACGAUGCCUGGUUCUCUCUUUGCUUGGUUUUCUCUGGCAGCACUGAGGCAAGGGAAGAGGGACCUGUGGCUCAGUCACAGGUCCUUGGGGUCAGGGCACAAGGAACAUACAUAGAAGAGCUGUGUCAGACAACAAACACCCAGCUGCUCAGUGACUUCGCUCUGUCAGUUGCCAGCAGGAGUCCCAGUGGAGGGAGGACGAUCUAGUAGGUUCGGUUACACGAUGACUGAAGAGAACCUGCAGCUGUCUCUUGGAAGAUCACACCAUCCUUUCUCAUUACAGUUUGAAUACACACAUCUUCAAGACUCAAACUCUCAUCAACUCUCCAAAUUUCUGUGUUUAAGAAGGCUUUGCUGCAAGCUACCCUUCUCAACGGGGCAUUCAACUCUGAGAAUAUUACAAGCCAUCCUUACUGCCAAAACCAGCAAGUACAGAGGCCAGAGAUGAGGCAGGACUUAUGGCAAUGCCCUGGCCUCCCGGAAGCAUGUCUGAGCCCUCCUGUUCCCAGGGAUCACAAGGAACAAGCCCUCCCGAGCUGCUCCCGCUGCUGCCUGACCUCACUCCUUCGCAGUCGUCAUUUGUCCUUGGCAUGGGUGCCGACCUCACUCAUUCUUGGGGUCUGGGAUCCAGCGUCAGGGCCUCAACACCCACAGGGUCCUCCAUGCCACACGGUCACUGCUCUCCUCAGGGACCAGGACAAGGUGCUGCUGCUCGCCCCAGUGUCUUCCCAUGGGACACAUGCAGGCGAGUUUCGUCAUCACCCUGGACAAGGCGACGUUGCCCCUCGGGCCCGGAGAGGGGCUUCCAGCUGGGGGUACGUGGGCUGGUUCUGCUGUCCUUGGCAGUUGAUCCUCUUCUGGACUCUGCAUUCUCCCCUCCGUGGCCCUCCAGAGACUGCUGCUGGAGCUCGAUUUGAUUUUCUUGGCUAGAUCUGUCAUUUUAAGCUCCAGUCAUAGCACUUUUCAGAGCAUCCUGGGUGCCACCGCGGCUGGCUGCGGCCGCUUGCGUGCCUGUGGUGGGCCUCGGCCCCAGGGUCUUUGUGUAACAAAACCCUUUGAUACUGUUGUGGUUUUCUACUCUUCCAGUGUACUCCCUCUCCCAAGUCUGUUCAGAAGUAUCUUUGCUCUGUUUGGCCUUUUCCUUUUCUCUUUUUUUCUAAUCUUGCUCUGGUACUAGUCAACAUGGGAGCAAAAGGUACAUGUCAGAGAGAAGGAGGAAUAUGUGUUACUUCUUGGGCAAUUUUUACUUUCGUGUUUCUUCUUUUGGCCAGUUCUUUUGUUUAUGCCCUUGUGGCCCAGGUACUUGGGGGAGGCGGGCUGAACGACUGGCCUUUUAGUGUCUUUGAAGGAAGCCAAGCAGCAAGUGAACAGCAGGGAGAGCAUCAGCAUGUUUUCUAGAGACCAAGCCCUGCUGCAGGUCUGUCAGGCCAGGCAAAGGGGCCAGGCAGCUGUAGUGAGACUGUAAAUAUUUUGUACAGGAAAUAAAUAUCGAAAAGGGUUAUGUAGCGAGUGACUCUUCUUUAAGUGGCGACUCAGGGCUCAAACUGGAGGUGGGGAAGGAAAAGAAAGAUUUGGAAAUGUUUUUGCAUUUUCCCAGUAAUUCUUUCAGAAGCUCCCAGCACCAGGUAGAACGUGCGCACAGAGCCCUGGCCUGUCCCAGCUCUUCUCGCGCCUCCGUCCUUCCCUGACCGCUGUCCCUGAUGCCGGGCAGGGCCAUGGUGCCUGACAGGUGCUUGCGCCCACCUCCUGAACAAGAAACCAGUGUGGCAAGAGCAGAGGGUGUCUGUUUUCAUCAGUCUUUUAAACAUGAAUUUGUUGUUUUACUGUGUAAGAAACUCAGCAUAGAAAAUUUGGAAAUAAAAAGCACGAGAGAUAAUUCACCUGCCAUCCAGCGGUAA